AUGGCAGACACUGCUACCACCAACGAUGCGGACGCUGCCGCCCAGCGAGCUGCGGAGCAAGCGCGGCUACGCAAGGAGCGCAGAGAAGCAAAAAUCAAGGCUGGAGGAUCCGCGAGAUUGGAGAGAAUCACCGGUGCAGGCGGUCGUGUUACUGGAGACUCAGGGACUACAACCCCAUCUGCUCCAGAAGCCUCCUCAACCGCACCAGCAGCUACCGAACACCACGAUCCCGCCGAAGUAGACAUCUCGGAGCACUUCUUCGCCCCAAAGAAGACGUCCCGCAAACCCAUCGAUGGUGUCUUCUCUCCCAGCCCCGAGCCGUCGCUAUCUGAGGCACAGCUGCGCCAGAUGAUGCUCGGCCUCGAUCGCCCCGAACAGGCCGGUCCUCCUGGCAGCAAUCUGGCCGGUAUGAACCUGCCUCCGGGCAUGGAAGACGACCCCAUUAUGAAGAUGAUGUCGCAAAUGAUGUCCUCGGGCUCGAUCCCAGGCUUUGGCGGCGCCGAUGGAGCUUCCAACCCCUUUGGCAACAUGCAAAUGCCACAGCAGCAGGCCGCCGUCGAGCUGCCCAAGUCUUCCUCCGUGACUCUCUGGCGUGUCGUCCACGCCCUGGUCGCCAUCGGCAUGGGUCUAUUCUUCCUCCUGACGACUCAUUUCACCGGCAGCAAGGUUGAGCGCGAGCGCAUGGCCCUGGCGCAUGAACAGGAAGUGGAUGACGAGAUGGAAAGGCGCAAGAACUUGUUCUUUUGGACGUUUGCUACUGCUGAAGUGUUGCUGUUGUCGACGAGGCUGUUCCUCGACAAGAAGAGUACCAAUGCUACGGGGUUUCUUGCGACGGCUAUUUCGUACGUGCCGCAGCCGUAUCGGGGGUACAUUGAGAUUGGGCAGCGUUACAUCCAGAUCUUUACGACUGUGAGGACGGAUAUUCUGACUUGCAUUUUUGUGCUUGGAGCUGUCUCUUGGUGGCUUGGAUGA